AUGACCGGAGGAGUCACGUACGACAGCGUGGAAAGCGCUGUGGGAGGAAACAUUUUCAAGGACAUGGUAUUUUGGGUCGCUCAGAGAGUGCCUAUACGGAAUGAAAUUCUCAAGCACAUCAAGAAUAAUGGUGGCAAAGUUGUGCCUUUGGAAAAGGACGCGCAUUUGCUCAUUGCAGACCAUCUAAGAAAAGAUGCUCAUCCAGACUCCUACUCAUGGCAAUAUAUCACCGACUCUAUAGAACACGGCGUCGCUCAGUUGACGGACCGCUAUCGCAUAUUCGGACACCCGGAAACAGGAACAUCUCGUCCUGGUACAAGCGCACCUACAAAGCAUACACGGACCCCAUUCUCAGCUGCUGACGAUGCUGCUCUCGCAAACUGGGUUCUGUCUCACUCUAAAGAUCGGACAGGGAACAAGAUCUUUCAAGAAUUUGCUGAGACUCAUUCCUGGCAUACUUGGCAAUCGUGGAGGAAUAGAUUUAUCAAGAACUUGGCCAUCCGGCCAUUAAGUGAUCUUGAGAAGCUGGCCAUGUCCGCAGCAGACUUGGCUGUGCAAACUACAGAGACUCAUACGAGGCCAGCAUCAAAUCACGCGACUCCCAAACAACAAAAUAUUACACCCACAAAGGCAGCACGAACACCUAAGAAGACACCAACCAAACAGCCCAGUCGUACCCCCCAACGGGAUGCCAUUGCGUCUCCUUCAACUAGUCCUGACGCUACCAGAGACAAGAUCACAACUAGGUCUGCGACAAGACAAGGACAACAAUCCGAGCCAAUGCCAACGUCACCGACCAAGUCCAGCGACAGUGAAGAUGAUGAUGAAGUCAGAAUGAUCCGUGGCUUUUACGCCGAUUUAACUGAAUUCGUUGAUGCGACUGGGGCCGAUAUCGACGCAGAACCUUGUAUUGAUGGCAAGAUCGUCGAUCUAUACGAGCUGGGUAAAGCUGUUGGAAAACAAAAGGUGCCUCUGGAAGAAGUGGACUGGAUGAAGGCGGCAGAGGACCUAGAGUUCGACUGGGUGGAAACCCCUACGGUUACGGCAGAAUUACGGCAGUGUUAUGAAGAUAACCUCGCAGCCUUUUUUGAAGCAAUGUCCAGCUUUUCGUCCCAUCCUGACGGAGAACAUGAGGACGAGCAACGUUCUGGCCCAUUGUCUCCCGAAAGUGACCUUCCUUCCUCACCUCCCGUUCGACAAAGCAACCAAAAAAGACACCUAGACGACCACCAUUUUCCCUUGGGACGGAACACGACAAAACGCAGACGCCUGAGUCGCAAUGCGGAAAUUCCGUCAACGCCGGAGGAAAGGAUUGGUGUCUUGACGACACAAUCGCCUAGUGUAGUGAAGGCUAUUCAACUACAACAGGCACAUGGCUCAUCUAAUAGAAUCGCAGCAUCCUUAAAGCUACCUGACGCUAUUGACGACGAAGAAGAAGAAGAGGGUGAAGUUGUGUUUGAGACGCAAGUCAGACAAAUUCCGCGAAUGGACACUCAGCAAAGCGUCGUCGAUGUGACGCCCUCGCAACAGCUGCACUCUGAGGCUCUCGAUGCGAGCCCAGUUCCGCUAAAUUUGAAAAAGGGUCGUGGCGACACAGUGGAACAGCAGGCUUUGGACUCGGAACUUCCAAAGUCAACAAAUACACCCGGCACAAAGGCAAAGACAACAAGCAGGGCACCCAAAAGGUCACUGCCUGCCUCAUUUGCGCCAGUUCCUGGCCGCUUUUCACCCCAGCAAGCUGAAGAAAGAGCCCGACGGCCAUCUGCGCCAGUACGAAUAGAUCCAGAUGAGGAAGGGUAUAGCCAAGACAUUCGCGACUGCACCGAAUACUACGAGUCUCUCGGCUACUCACGCCCUAUUGUGAUUGAGGCCCUUAUGCGCACCACCAUGACGCCGGGCUGGCCGACCAGCUUAUUACUGGAGAAGCUACAGAACAAAGAAGGCGUGCCCACAAACUAUGAAGGCAUAUGGACUGAUCGCGACGACAAGAGCCUGCAAUACGCAGACAAAAUCAAGGCCCACGAGUCCACUGCCAGUACGCGAGAACGGAACAAGGCGAAGAAGGAACUUGAUAGAAUUGUGCACAAACACACCCAGGAGGCGGUUGAUUUACGACGGAAGUUCUUGCAGGCGCAGGCUGAUAUGGAGACAAGGUGA